AUGGAUGACCGAAUAACUCGAAUUGCCAGUGGCGUUGCAAUCACCGCUGGUGUCGCAGGGAUUGGUGCCGCUGCAUAUGUGUGUGCAAAGCAUCUCCGUACACUCAAAAAACAAAAUGAGCAUGUUUCCAAAGCGUUGGAAACUUUGAGCUAUGAAGUUAAUGCCUUGCGGAGAGAAAUUGCGGAGUUACGAGGCGCUGGGAAUGGUGAUGUUACGCGAAUAUAUUCAAAAAAUCGCAAUCGCGUCCGAACUACCGAAGAAGAGGGGGGAGACGCUGCAUCAGUAUCCUACAGAAUCAAUCUGGAGCGUGGGCGAGUAAAGAGUUAUCAGUCGUUAACAUCUGAUGGUGAAUACGCUGAUGCUGAGGAAGACUGGUGAGU